AUGACAGCCCCAACACCAACUGCAAGCUUUGGGGAUACUUCUACUAAUACCAUAGCUGGCGCUGCUGGGGGUGUUGUCUCUGUUCUUCUCGCCGAUGGGAAUACUCACAACACUAUCUCCAAGCCAGAUCUGAUAAAAGUGCAACUGCAGACUCACGGAUCGGGUAACGUGUUUCAGGUCGUGUCCCGCAUUCUCAAGGAUGAAGGACCGCUGGCCUUCUACAAGGGGGCUUUACUGCCUUUUCUAGGAGUGGGAGCUGCAGUGAGCAUUCAAUUCUCUGUCUUUCACAACACAAUACAGGCUUUAUACGCUCUGAGAGCGCGAGAUUCUCGACGUGUCAUCCAGCAACCAUCCAUCUUAGAUCUAUACCUGGCUGGCGGUAUAGCUGGGGUUGCGAACAGCAUAGUGUCCGGUCCUGUCGAACACAUCAGAAUCAGACUUCAGACGCAGGCACACGGUCCAUCUCGCCUCUACGCCGGCCCAUGGGACUGCAUAAGACAGAUAACAGGUACUGCAGGUGUGAAGGGGCUAUUUCGAGGGCAAAAUACGGCUGUUCUACGCGAAUUCCAAGCAUAUGGACUAUAUUUCGCCACCUUCGAAGCUUGCGUGAGCAUGAUUACCACUGCGAAAGAGAUGAAACGGGAUAAAUUGCCAACCUGGACUGUUGCAUCGUGUGGUGCUUUGUCUGGUGUAGCUUUCUGGGUCGGGAGCUAUCCACUCGAUACGGUGAAGACCAAGCUGCAGAGCGACGGCUUCGGCCAGUAUCGUCGAUACAAGAACGCCUGGGGAGCCACAGUAGAGGCAUGGAAGAGUGGAGGAGUCAAAGCAUUCUUCCGAGGUCUCGGGCCCACCUUAUUGAGAACGAUGCUAUCUUCCGCCGGGACGUUUGCAAUGGUUGAAAAUGUUAAGCGAUUUCUUGCAUAG